CAUCAACUACGUCGCUGAACAUGUAACUGAGCUUCAAACCCCCGUCCAAUUUGCUUCGGCGAUGGUAAACGCUAUAUAUCCGGAUGGGACAACGCCAAGUGCUGCAAUCGCAGCCUAUGAUUGGCUUCUCAUGUUCGGACCUAACGGAUAUUUCUAUCAGACGUGGGAUCAGCUUGGCAUGACGAUCCCCGAAGGUUUCACGGGCGCAACCCCGGCCCUAGCCCUAUACGCCAUCUUCGGGACCACUGCGGACACAACAAAUCUCUUGAUCCUCGACGCUAAGACGAAUUCUCUCAAGGCUAUCAUGUGGCGUGGCUUCAAGAACAUCGUUGGCGUCGCGAGUUGGGGGAAAACCGGCCACGAAGCGAGAGCAGCAUUACUGAACCGAAUCACGGGAGCGCUUCCUUUGUAUCUGAACAGUGAUGAGGCACAAAAUGCUCUUAGACACACGUACACUGGGUUCAUCGCACUUCUGCAAGCCAUGGAUAAGGCCUCAAGAGGCGGUGUCUCGGCCAUGACUCCAAUAGUUGGUACGUAUAUUGAAACCUUGCACCUAGAAAUGAUAGAAGUGCGCGUAGAAACCUGUCUUGCUAAUUGGCGAUGCUCCACACAGGCACAACUUUCGACGCCGCUUAUACCGAGUUCACAAAAACCUCGAUGA